AACAAACACAAUAUACUCAACACAUUAAGUCAUGGAAGUUCUCAAAUCGCUUCUGCUCUUGUGGUGUUUCCAAGAAGUAAUACAAUGCUAUGGAGACAACCAGUACUGUGCUGACCAGGUAGAGGCAGUAAGGGUGAAAGCAGGCGACACUGUGACAAUCCCAUGUAGGAUCAGCUUCCCAAAGGACUGGGAUGAAAAUACAACUGUAGAAGUGUAUUGGAGGGAGGCAACAUCUAUCCCUUGUGGAAAUGCCAGAUACAUCUACAAACCAAUAGCAAAAGGGACAGAUGAAAAAUACAAAGGGAGACUUUCUAUAGUGGGGAGUCAGCAUAAGGAGGCAUCUCUUAGAAUCCAAGGAUUAAAGACCACAGAUGGUCCCAGGUUCUGCUGCCAAGUGCUGUUACAAAACAAAGAAAGAGAAGAAAGAUGGCAAAACCGUCAUACAACUGUCCUGCAAUUUCAAGAGCAUCGUCAUAUCUAUGUAGAACAGUUGGAUGCAGUUCCUGCCUUACAGGGAGAAAACAUCACAAUACCUUGCCGUAUUCAUAAUCUACCUGCAAAUAAACAGGAGUUAAAGGAAGUGAUCUGGAGACUGGGAAACAGUGAGCUGUGCACAGACAAUAAAGUAUCAAUCACAGAGAGGCAACAAAGGAACUCGAAUGAAAGAUACUCAGUAGUAGAUUUUCCUGAUGAUGUCUCACUGCACAUAAAAGAUGUGAGACCUACUGACAAGAAACAUUACUGCUGUGAAGUUACUGUAGGAUUUGAAAGAGUCAGUAGUACCCAUGGCACACAACUGGGAGUUAAAGAUUCUAAAUCAGAUAAAGAAUACUUUGUGCAUCAGCCUCAGAAAGCAUCGGCCACUAAGGGAGGAUCUGUGACCAUCCCCUGUUCUUUUAACUCUACAAACAAUAAUGAUCCCUUGUGGGUUGGAAUUUACUGGAGAGUAGAUAGUCUCACUGGACCUCAUGCUUAUCACCCCUCCCAAGAAUUUAUUAAUUCUACUUACAUGGGGAGGACACAACUGAUGGGACAAGGAGAUCUGCAUAUACAGGGGCUACAGGAACCAGACAGCACCUCUUAUUACUGCAUCGUGAUGCUCAGAUUCUGUAUUGGAACUAACAAAUAUAAUUCAGUAGUUGCCUAUGGCCAAGGAACAUCUCUGAUUGUAACAGGCCAUAAUAAUAAGAUUCAAUAUUACCAUUGGAAAACCUAUGCCUUAAUCGCUGCCAGAAGCGUUCUGUUCUGUAUUGUUAUCCUAUGUGGUACUCUGGCAGUUAUAAAGAUAAAAUGGCAAGUUGAUGAGAGCAUCAGGAAGAUUGAACUAUGACUGAAAGUGUUAGAAACUUUUUGAAACAAUCUAUUCUACAUUCCUGAAAACCUCAGAGACGGAUUUCCAACUGCACAGACUGAUAAAAAAUAGCAACAAAAAACAUUGAGAGUUAAAUAGACUUUGAAUAAGAACCGUCUAAUUCUUCUCAUUCAGCAUUUAAAAGAUAUACUGUUUCUGAUUCUAUUUCUGUUUUGUAUUUUAUUAUGUGACAGUAUUCAUUUUCAUA